AUGGGCGACAGCGAGCGCAACAAGAAGCGGCUGCUGGAGCUGCUGCAGGCGGCGGGCACCGGCAACGCGCACUGCGCCGACUGCGGGGCGGCGGAUCCCGACUGGGCUUCUUACAAGCUGGGGAUCUUCAUCUGUCUCAACUGCUCCGGAGUCCACCGCAACUUCCCGGACGUCAGCAGAGUUAAAUCCGUGAGACUUGACUUCUGGGACGACAGUAUUGUGGAGGUUGCUGUUGUCUUACAGUUUAUGACCCACAAUGGGAACCUCCGUGUGAAGGCCAAGUUUGAAGCCAGAGUCCCAGCUUUCUACUACAUCCCCCAGGCCAACGACUGCAUGGUCUUAAAGGAACAAUGGAUUCGAGCUAAGUAUGAGAGGCAGGAAUUUAUGGCUGAUGGGAAACCCAUUUCACCCUCAGGUAACAAAGAAGGAUUCCUGUGGAAGCGGGGAAAGGACAACGCACGGUUCCUGAGAAGGAGAUUUGUCCUUCUGGCAAGAGAAGGACUCUUGAAGUACUACACUAAGGAAGAGGGUAAAGGCCCCAAAGCUGUCAUCAGCAUCAAGGACUUGAAUGCCACCUUCCAGACAGAGAAGAUAGGCCACCCCCAUGGGCUGCAGAUCACCUACAGGAGAGAGGGCCACACCAGGAACCUGUUUGUAUAUCACGAAAGUGGGAAGGAGAUAGUGGACUGGUUCAAUGCCCUCCGCUCAGCACGGCUGCGAUACCUAAAAAUGGCCUUUCCUGAGCUUCCAGAGUCUGAGCUCCUGCCCCUCCUCACCAGGAACUACCUCAAACAAGGAUUCAUGGAGAAGACCGGUCCUAAGCAGAGAGAACCUUUCAAGAAAAGGUGGUUCGCCCUGGACCCUCAGGAGCGGAGGCUGCUCUAUUAUAAGAAACCGCUGGAUGCUUUUGAGCAGGGCCAGGUUUUACUUGGGAGCAAGGAGCAAGGGUAUGCAGUAUAUGAAGACCUGCCCAAGGGCACCCGAGGGAACUGCUGGAAAGCUGGCCUCACCAUCGUCACCCCGGAGCGGAGAUUUGUCCUCACCUGCCCCAGCGAAAAGGAGCGGCGGGAAUGGCUGGAGAGCUUGCAGGAUGUCCUGUCCUGCCCCUUGACACCCCUCAGCCUCCUCGCUGCAUCAACAGAGAGUGGCCACAGCAGCAGGUGA